AAAUUGUCAAACAAAUGCGGCCAUCGGCCAAGCUAAAAUUAAAAUUCAAACACUUUUCAUAAAUAUUUUCAUUAUUAUCUUUGAUAUAUGUUGUAAAAUCAUGUAAUGAUCUGUAUUGUAAUAUUGCAAUUAUCGUUGUGAAUUUUCUAUGCUGUGAAGUCGUUCGAAUUUGAUGAAAUAACAGUGUUUUUAUUCCGGCGUCUAAAAUUGGGAAAACCUAGUUAGAAUGGCCAAAUCACAAAUAAAUACCAAGUCAAGGGACUAUCAGAGGGAUAAGGAAGCUUUCCUUAGGGAGCUGAAACAGUUUAACGAAAGCAAAAAUAUUCCAUACAAAGUUCCAUAUGUAAAUGGGAUUGAUGUGGAUUUGUACUUGUUUUACUCACUGGUUCAACAAAGAGGCGGAUUAAGUAAGGUGAACCACACAGACGCAUGGGACACUUUCCUGAGGCCCCUGCGUUUGCCGCACCCCUGCAUCAAUGGCUCCACAUUACUGAGAAAAAUAUACAGCACUUACUUGGAAAAAUUCGAGCGCGCAAAAGGCCCCCCAGGCCGAGAUGACGACAUGGACUUGGACGACGACCCGCGCGGGCGCCGUGGCGGCUUCCCGAGGGUGUCGUAUAGCGGCGCCUAUAUCACAGCGUCGGGCGAGCAACUCCGAACAGGUUCGCGAGCGAUCGCCGGCCCGUCCGAGCGUCUGGCGCUAUCCCUGCUCUCUCCUAUGCCGAACGAACAAGACUUUGCUGUGAACGUAUGCACAGUGCUAGCGGCCGACUACUCGAAUAGGCUGCCUUUGAACGCUACGCCGCAUAUUUUGGACUUCUUAUUGGCUCAUGCUGGCGUUUAUAAUCAUGCGUCACUUCGCGACACAAUCGGUCGUUCAUGCCGCGAGGCGCGAGGUCGAUACCCCGACGAGUUCUGGAAGCUUCGUGCCGGCGGCGGCGGCCCUAUGGAGCUUAUAGAUGAGAAUAAGUUCACUGCGCCAGGUCUAGAACAGCCAGAGUUGAUGGUGCAAGCGCUGGCCGCUCACAACAACCUCACCGACCGACUCACCUUGCAGGACGACGACUAUCAAGAUGUUGUGGACAAGAUUGUUGAACAGGAGGAACUCCUAGAAGACUGGAUGACCGACCCCACAGACGAAGACCAGCUGUUCGCGCCCCCGUUACCCGGCGGGGCGGCCUGUGUUUACACGCAACGAGUGUUACAAGUGGCGUCCAUCGCGCGCUCGCUGUCCUUCCACGAGGAGAACCUGCCUUUGUUGGCCGCCAACAAUACGCUUAUCAGGUUUCUGCUCCUGUGCUCCAACUGCUGGGUGGGCACAUUGCGACAAUCUGGACUGGACACGCUGGGAAAUGUGUGCGCUGAACUCGUAAUAAAGGACCCAGCCACCUGCCUGUUAUCCCGCCACAUCCUAUCAACAGUGCAAGCGUGUCUGGUCUCCGAAGACCGCGCCAGGGUUCUAGCUGCUCUGGAGAUGCUCAACAAGCUGUCUCAGAACGAGGCCAAUGACGACGUGCUACUGCGAGCAUUGGACCCCAAGAUCUACUCCGACGUGUGUUCCCUACUCACCCUCCGCGACAUAAUGGCGUUAGUGUCGUGCCUAGAGUGUGUGUACUCGCUGACCAGCCUCGGGGAGAGAGCUUGCGAGCAGGUCGCCUCUAGUACAGGGACGCUCGUGGCUCUGCUCACUGUCGAGGCCCAAAGCUACGGCCCUCAAGCGUGCAUCCUCAUGCGAGUGGUGGAGACAGUUAGCGGCGCCGCCGACACUGCGCCCGCGCAGGACAAGGCACACGCCGCACAGCAACAACAGCCGUCAACUCCAGUCAAACAGACGGCUAGCGUUGACAACAAGCCGCCCCCCGCCGCCUCCCCCGCGCCCGUCUCGGGCAUACAGCAGGCGCAUUUGCAGCAGAAGACUGUGCAGGAAAACGAACAAUUCGCCGUAGCCUGGCUCCGGGCGUCCUACGAACCCCUUCCCCCCACCGACAACUCUACCACUGACGCCGCAGAGAUCUACCGCCAGUACGCGGCGUGCUGCUCCAACAUGCAGCGCAAGGGGGUGAUAGCGCCGCAGCACUUCCCCCGGCUUGUGCGCACGGUGUUCGGCGGUACAGUGGGCCCCAACAACGUCACCAUAGCGACGGGCGAGACGCAACAGAUGUACGUGGGCAUCCGGUCCAGGAACCAGACCAGGGUCAACCAGCCAGCAGGUCCAUCUUCACCAAUCCUGAAGGCCCAGCUCACUAACAAGGUGACCGGCGCCGUCGAAGUGAAACCGACUACGUCUCAGCCUCAGCAAACACCCCAACCGUCGGGGCACAUUCUAGAAGGAUCUUCGAACACAUCUCUCAUAAAACAUCUGUUAGCGCAUAAAGUAAGCCCAGCACCCCAAGUCAUGCAAGUGGCGCAGAGACAACAGAACCAGCAGAGGGCAGCACCGUCGGCCGCCAACACCGUCAUAGUACAACAGGGACAGGCAGGCAUGGACGUGGACCCUGAAGCUCUCAUCAAGUGCACCACCAUCAUCCCUGGAGGCGUCACCAGCACGGUGAAUCCUGAAGAACAAAUAGCUCCAAAAGAGGAGCCGGUACAAAUACAAAUCGACGAGCAAGCUCAACUGACUAUCAAGUCUGCGCAAAACAAAAUGUUAGCCGACCUCCUAGAGAAGAAAUCCAACCCGCCGGUCCAAGUGGUCCAAAUGGGGGCCUCCCAAAUAAACGCCCCCACCAUACAGAUCACAGAGACAGGACAAAUAGUACAAGUCAAACAGGAGAACAAUCCCGUCAUACAGUACAACGCCGAGUCCGGUCAAAUUGUGACCCAAACCGGACCUUACUUGCAAAUAAAGAACGAGCAAGGCCAAGUCAUUCAGCUCAAAAACGAUCAAGGCCAAAUUAUACAACUGAAAAGCGACCAGUUGAGUGGCGUGCAAAUUAAAAAUGAGCACGGCCAAAUAGUCCAACUUAAGACGGAUGGAAUGCACGGAGUCGUUCAAAGUGUUACCAAGAAUGAGCCAGAACAAACUACUGAAGCCACAGACCAUAGUUUCACGGGUCCCCCAGCUAAAAGACAAAAGGUUGAGACGAAGAGAGAGAGCAAUUCACCACAAGAAAGCGUUUCUAAAACGGCAGCUAACUUGUACGCGGCACUGGCUGCCUCCGCUUUAGAGGACGAGGAGGACUUGGUGCAACAGCCAAGUCUGCAGGUUCAACAGCCGACGUUACAAGUGCAACAACCCACGUUACAGGUGCAACAACCUACGGUUAUGCAGCAAGUGCAACAGGUGCAACAACAGAGUAUUCAAGUGCAACAGCCGAUGCUGCAAGUUCAGCCGAUGGAUGUGCAGAACAUACUGGCCUCUCAGUCCGGACAACUCAUACUGCAAGAUAAAUCAAUGCAACAACAACAGCCGCAGUUUGUGCAGCAGCCGAUGCAGAUUAUUGCCACACCGAGCUCCUCUCAAGGUGGCAUGACAUACCUCACACAGAAUAUCCCCGGUAAUAUGAUGCAAAAGACCAUCAUCAUAGUUCAAGGGGCGACGGGAGGUGGCCCCAUCACCCUCACGGUGAACAACCCAGGAGGCCUGGACGAGGCCACACUAAACAGUGUGAUCGCCCAAGCUACAGAAGCGAUCACCCAACAACAGAUCAUACAGAAUUCUGGAGUUCUGCAAUCCGGCCAGAGAGUGAUCGUGAGCCAGGCGGGUCUCGCCCCCGGCACUCAGUCCAUCCAUAUGAUCAAAGCCAUACAGACGGCCCCGCAGUUGACCCCGAGCCAGCAGCCAAUCAUAACAGCGCCACCGCAACCACACAAGGCGCAAAUAGUGAACCAGAACCAACAGAUAGUCGUCACGCAGAAACAACCGCCCGCCCUCAUAUCCACCUCCGCUAGCGGCAACCAACAAAUAAUCCAAGGAAAUCAACAGUUGAUUCAAGGAAAUCAACAGUUGAUCCAAGGAAAUCAACAGUUGAUUCAAGGAAAUCAACAGUUGAUUCAAGGCAAUCAGAUAAUGCAGGCAAAUCAACAGCAGAUUAUUCGCGGUAGCCAACAGUUGUUGCAAGGUAGUCAGCAGAUCAUAGCUGUGUCUAAUAACCAGCAGAUUAUAAUGAAUGCGCCUAUUAAAGCGGAGGUGCAUAGGUUGAUUCAGUCGCAAAGGAGUCAUCUGGUGCCGACUGAUGCGAAAGCGGCAAAGCCUAUGAAUACUACUGAGACUGCUACGGUGGUGAAGACCUCAACGGGUCCCCAACUGAUACGCCAGGUGAUCACCCGUCAGCCCGUCAUGAUGGGAGGACAGAAGAUUGGAGAGAGAGAGCUAGUGACUACUGAACCCAUCUCGACUGUGGCUAGCAAACCGACGCCGCCACAAAUAGCGCCGGCUGUGCCCAAGCCGUCGUCGACGCCGCCGCCUCCCGCCGCGCCGCAAGACGACACGCCCUGGAUAUGCCACUGGAAGGGGUGUGCCAAAACAUUCGACAGCGCAGCCUCGGUAUUCAGCCACGCGGCGCGCGCGCACUGUCCGCGGGGCGCGGGGGCGGAGGCGCCGUGCUUGUGGCUCGACUGUGACAAGGUCCCAAGGAAGACCUUCGCACUGGUCAACCAUUUGAAUGACCGCCAUUGUACUGUCAAUGCCCUGAAAGCAGUCUACAACUCGCGUCGCCACAUCGCAGCCGCAGAAAACAGCGGGGCGGCGGCGUCUCCUGGCUACCCGCCCGACGCGGCGCUGCAGGCGCUCAACAAGCACGCCGCGCCCGCGCGCCGCCCGCGGGACCGCGCGCUACUUCCAUGCCUCGGUGGCUGUAGUCCUGUGCCUCCUCUCGUCGCCACGUCGCGGCGGCAGCUGACGGCGGGCGGCGGCGUCGCUCGGCUCCCGCCCGACGCGGCGCUGCAGGCGCUCAACAAGCACGCCGCGCCCGCGCGCCGCCCGCGGGACCGCGCGGAUGAAAAUGAAGGCCCGGUUACGAAGAGCAUUCGGCUGACGGCCGCGCUCAUUCUGCGCAAUCUCGUCAUCUACUCCAACACCGCUAGACGCAUGCUUCGCAGCUACGAGCCCCAGCUAGCGAACAUCGCGCUCAGCACAGUGGAAGCAUCACGGACCAUCGCGCAAGUACUGUACGACAUGAACAACAUCUGAGAAUCGCCCGACCGCUGCCGAGCGCAGUGGUAGACUGUCAAGUGCGGAAUAGCCCAGCGAAGUGAAAUGAAAAAAGUAUUUAUUUAACCAACUUAACAAUCUGACACCUUAAGUGCCAAUUUCUCCAUAGUCGGUUAUCUAACCGACAGGGAUUGGUAAAUCAAUUAUACAUCAUAUCCAUA